UCCAUCUUCUUCACUCCGCACUGAGAGUUGAACCGGCCAGUGGAGGAAGAGAGGAGUACUGAUCAAAUCUAUACAUAAUGCUGUCAGUCCGUGUUGCAGCUGCACUUGCCCGUUCCCUGCCCAGGCAUGCAGGAUUUGUUUCCAGAAAUGCCCUUGCUGCUACUUGUGUAGGUGUCAAGAACCUGCACACCUCCAGGCCAUGGCUGCAGAAGACAGGUACUGCUGAGGUCUCCUCUAUCCUGGAGGAGCGUAUUCUGGGUGCUGAAACCACUGCUGAACUUGAGGAGACUGGCCGUGUGCUCUCAAUUGGUGAUGGUAUUGCCAGAGUCUACGGUCUCAGGAAUGUGCAGGCUGAAGAAAUGGUGGAAUUCUCAUCUGGCCUCAAGGGGAUGUCCCUGAACUUGGAGCCUGAUAACGUUGGUGUGGUAGUGUUUGGUAAUGAUAAACUGAUCAAAGAGGGAGACAUUGUGAAGAGAACUGGUGCUAUUGUUGAUGUGCCGGUUGGAGAGGAGCUGCUGGGUCGUGUUGUAGAUGCUCUGGGUAACGCCAUUGAUGGAAAGGGUCCCCUUGGUUCUAAGGAGCGUAGAAGAGUUGGCUUGAAGGCUCCAGGUAUUAUCCCCCGAAUCUCUGUGCGUGAGCCCAUGCAGACUGGUAUGAAGGCUGUUGACAGUCUGGUACCUAUCGGUCGUGGACAGAGAGAGCUGAUCAUUGGGGACAGACAAACUGGCAAAACUGCCAUUGCUAUUGACACCAUCAUCAACCAGAAGAGGUUCAAUGAUGGAACUGAUGAGAAAAAGAAGCUGUACUGUAUCUAUGUUGCUAUUGGGCAGAAAAGAUCCACUGUUGCUCAGCUGGUCAAGAGGCUCACUGAUGCUGAUGCGAUGAAGUACACCAUUGUGGUGUCUGCAACAGCCUCUGAUGCUGCUCCCCUGCAGUAUCUUGCCCCCUACUCAGGCUGCUCUAUGGGAGAGUACUUCAGAGACAACGGCAAACACGCGGUCAUCAUCUACGACGAUUUGUCCAAGCAGGCUGUUGCUUAUCGUCAGAUGUCUCUGCUGCUGCGUCGUCCCCCUGGUCGUGAGGCUUACCCCGGUGAUGUGUUCUACCUGCACUCCCGUCUGCUGGAGAGAGCAGCGAAGAUGAAUGACAAAUUUGGUGGUGGCUCUCUCACUGCCCUGCCUGUGAUUGAAACCCAGGCUGGUGAUGUGUCUGCCUACAUUCCAACCAAUGUCAUCUCUAUUACUGAUGGACAGAUCUUUUUGGAAACAGAAUUGUUCUACAAAGGUAUCCGCCCUGCCAUCAAUGUCGGUCUGUCUGUGUCCCGUGUAGGAUCUGCUGCCCAGACCAAAGCGAUGAAACAGGUGGCUGGUACCAUGAAGCUAGAGCUGGCCCAGUACCGUGAGGUGGCUGCCUUUGCCCAGUUUGGUUCUGAUUUGGAUGCUACCACUCAGCAGCUGCUGAACCGUGGUGUGCGUCUGACUGAGCUGCUGAAGCAGGGACAGUACUGCCCCAUGGCUAUUGAGGAACAAGUAGCCGUUAUCUAUGCUGGUGUUAGAGGUUAUCUGGACAAACUGGAGCCCAGUAAGAUCACGAAGUUUGAGAGUGCUUUCCUGCAACAUAUCCUUAGCCAGCACCAGCAACUUCUUGCCACCAUCAGAACGGAAAGUGCAAUCUCUCCACAGACUGAUGCAAAAUUGAAGGAGAUUGUCCAGAACUUCCUGUCCACCUUUGAUGCAUAAAUACUUUGUCCAUUUGUUUUGCAUAGUGUUCCCAUUUUAAAUAUGAACUCUACUUUAGAAAAAGCACUUCAUCUUUUCAAUGUACAGUUUAUUUCUCUGAGAAUAAAGUGUUCCAAUUCCAA